CUUCCCCAACCCCGAAAAAAACCCUCCCAAAGUGUGUGAUUGACGAUUUCCUGGAGGAGGACCUUCUCAUUUGAAAUCAGCGCGGCUUGGAAUCGUACCAGUUUCUGAGUCAUGGAUUAAAGUCGCAUCUCCAAAGCGCUGCUCCUCCACCGCGACCACGCACAAACACACACCUGAGCCACACGAGGGUCUGAGGAUCUGCACUGCGCUUCAGGCAUGAUUCAGAGGAAAGAGGUGGUGCUGUCCGUCCUGGAGGAGCUCCAGGAGGCCACCGAGUCUGUGGGCUUGGAUGCGCUGAUAAAAGUGGCGCUCGAGGUGGAGCAAGUCCUCGCUCCUUUUCGUCUCCCGACAGCGUUGUGCUCGGAGAUCUCCUCUUGGAUGGGCAUCGAUGCCGUAGCUCACAGGCUUUACCCGGCGGACGCCCCGGCUGGCCUUCUCCCCCUGGUUUGCAAAGGAGGGGGGAACCUGCUGUUUGAUGCUGCCAGUAUGCUACUGGUGGGCUCCACGAGCCUGAGCUUGGAGCUGCAGGUCCGGACGGUGGUGGAGAUGCUUCUGUGGAAGCAGUACUACCUGUGUGGCAUGAUUGACUCCAAAGUCAUGCUUCAGGCCUCCAGGUUCUCGCUCUGCACCGAAGAAUCACAGGACAUGCUCAAACUGCCAAUGCAGGUCCUGGAGGCCAUCUUCGACGCUGACAUCAAAGCUUCUUGCUUUCCGAACUCUUAUGCCAACAUGUGGCACGUCUAUGCUCUGGCUUCCGUCCUCCAGUGUAGCAUCUACUCCGUUUACCCCAUGUAUAACCUCAAGAUUAGGCCCUAUUUUAAUCGCCUGAUCCGUCCCAGAAAAUGGCCCAAAGACACUGAUCCCAUCACUCUCCACAUCAUGUGGUCCGGUGAUCUUGAGGCCGGGUCCGUUUUCAAACCACGAAACUUCGUGGCCUUAAUUCAUGCUGGUGAACUCAAAAUCGGAAGCCCAGGAAGUGAGCAGCGAUUGUCUUCGGUUAAGACCACGGAUCUGCCAAAGGAGGAUUCGCAGCUUUCCUACUCCACGCUAAAAGACAAGUUCAACAUCACAAAGAGCACCUUUUACCGCUGGAGGAGGCAAAGCAUGGAGUAUCAUAAGAAAUCCGUUGCCAGAUAUGAAGCCAAACACUUUUUCCAGGCAUGUUACAAAGAAGGCAAGCUCAUACCCCAAAACCAGUUCAGAGCAUUCUUUCCAGAAAUCUCCAGAUCCACCUAUUACGCCUGGAAGCACGAGCUCAUGGUUACUGGAAGUAUCGGUUCUGGAAGUUCUACCGGAGAGGUCAGUCCUAGAGAUGGCACAGAGCAGGACUACUGGUCCUCUCCGGAGAGCACAAAGCAGCCCUCCCAAGAGAGUUUCGCCAGCAUGAUGGCGGUCAAGUCGGAGAAACUGGAAGGAGAACGAUUCCAGAGUGCUGCUUUGAUGCAAGAAGCAAAGAAGAGCCUCCAAAACUGCAUCACCACCAACAUGUCGUUUCCCUACCGCAUUUUCAAGCGAAGGUUCCCAGGAAUCUCGAGAUCGACUUAUUACAACUGGAGGAGGGAAGCAUUGCUCUUUACACCGUUCAAAGAUCUAUCAGGAAGUGGGGAGGAAAGCUCAGAUCCGGAGAAAAUCCAGAAUCCCAGAAAGAAGCUGUUACCCCCUGGUAUGCUCUCGAGUCACAGGGGUGUCCAGAGGGUCCGUCUCUCCGGGUGCAGUCAAAAGGGUCUCCGGCUGAUCUACCUGCAAAGGAAGAAACUCCGACAGAACGCCAAAGAACGUGUUCAGAAGUUCAAGAUGUCGCUGUUCAAAUUCAAGCUCCGGUUCCCGUCCAUAUCGUCGUAUUAUUACUGGCUUUGGAGGUGUAAGAAAUCCGAGAAGGAGCCUGUUCUGAGUUUUGAAGCCGAUAACACGGAAAGGCGUCUUGAAGCCGGGGAUGAUCUUCCCAAGCGAAAGGAAAACGAGGAACAGUUUAAUUUCGACGGAAACGCAGAGUACUUGAGCAAUCGUAUGAUCGAUACCAACCCUGAGAUCUCCCCCUCGCGCUACCCUCUGUCGGAAAAGACCAAUAGCAACGAGCAGAUGUUUGUGAUGGACGUCGUGGCGUUGGCGAACUUCAAGGCCAAGGCCAAGCUAUUUCUCCAGCAGCGCUUCGAGGAGAAAUCCUUCCCCACAUUUAAAGAGUUCAGGUCUUACUUUCCUCUCAUGCCACGCUCCACUUAUUACAUGUGGAAGAGGGCUUUGCAUCACGGAGUUCCGCUAGUCCACGGAUAAAUUCCCAAAUUCACAUUGUUUUCUUCUCAUCACACGAGUCUGGCAACCAAGACGUUUCUGCUCCACCACGGUGUAAUUGCAGUUCAUGCAUCUUAAUUGUAUUGCUUCCCCCCCCUUUUCUCCAAGUUCCCCCACUUGACUUGACCACUUGGUUGCCGCUGAAGGACAUUUGCAUGUGUGUGAAAUCAGACAGUGUGUUUAACACACCACUCAGCUCCUGAUGGCCCUCAGGCAAAAGGCAGUUCAAAGCCACAAGAUCUCAGGAUUUCAAUUGACUCUCUUUUGUUUUGACUUUAACCUUCACUUUAAAUUUUAAAUCGACUCUCGUUCCAUCGUCUUUCCGUUUCACGUCGCUUUCAUUUGAGUUGAAACGUUUCGAAUUCUUUUUUUGUUUAGUUUUUUUAUGUGAUGUAUAUCUUUUUAUUCGAUCAAAAACAAAUAUAUGACUUGUAAAGUUAGUUGUUAUAUUUAGUUGAAUCCAUUAAUGGUUGUUUUUUUGUUUUUCUUUAGUUUUUUUUUCCUCCACAUAUAUAUUUUUGUAUUGUGAACGCUUUCACUUCGGAUACAAGGUUACGAGAUCCGGUUACGGUAGUUGAAUCUGGGUUCGGGUUUUUUUUUUUUUUUUUUUGCACGUUUGUUCACUUUUUUGUAAAAGUAGCUGCUGCUCCUAAGUUUUCUGGACAAAAUCUCUUAUUAAACACUUAAAAACGGGACGUGUGAUGAUCUGUAUAGUUGUUUUUUUUGCUUUUGUUCAACUACCUAUUUUGUGUAGAAACUCGGGAUGUUGUUGUCGAAGGGGUCGACGUGACGCUUGUGACGUUUAUUUAAAAAUCAGACGUGCCGCUGAGGAUUUUUAUUUUUUCCGUUGAUCUUGAAUUCCUGUUGACAGUGUGAUUGGAUUAUACAGGAAAUAAAUCAUCUGUUUCACCCA